CGCGCGCCCGUACAGAUGUGUCGUGUUUAGUGAACAUACCGUGAUCUCCGACCAUGGGGCCCCAGUUUGAGUAUUGCCUACGUGCCACCAAUAAUCCGUCGUAUUUCGCGUUGCCGAACAAGGAUGUUACUGACAGCGCGGAGUCUCAAGGCUCUUCCGAGCCGUGUUCCCGGUCAGCUCCCGGUCGCGUCUGGCCGGAUGCUGGCCGACCAUUCAGCUCUCCGCGCCGCAGGGAGCCGGAGAGUCCCCGCCGAAAAGAAUUCAGAGCUUUAUUAAGAUCCUUAUCCGCGCGAGAACCAGAACAAGCCGAGGCGUUCUUGAAGGGACAACCGAGACCAGGGGACUGUGCUCCUGGAGACAUGAGACACACGUUUACCGCUCCGCGUAUCAAGAAGGGCAAAAUAAGCACCACGGUCGUGACAAACGAUGGUCCACAGGAGCGCGAAGAAGUAUUCUACACAAUUCCCCUUCAGGGUAGGAGAAGACACUCGGUUGGAGGAUACCUGGCCACUGGCGCUGCAGGAGCUGGAGAGGUGACCGCAGUACCAAGCGAAGUGCCAAGGAUGCCACCACCAAGAUUCAACCAAAAAGAAGAAGACACCAUCAAAAGAAGGAGACCAAAGAAUUUCUCGUUUAAAGAAAUGGAAGACAUCUCAAUAUUGUGGAGCUCUGGAUCCCCCGAGAGCGCGCUGUGGUCAGACUACUUGGUCGCAAGCUUCGAUAAGAUUAUGUCGCAACGAGCUAGACAUCAUUACAGGGUAACAUCCAUAACUGCGGAGGAGUUGCUUGCUGCGGACGCUCAAGAGAAAAUAGAGAAGCUAACUAAGGCACAGUUACAAAUAGUGAUCCUGUGCCCAAUACUGGCUACCAAGUUGGCAGAUUUGAAAAGAGAUGUCAACGGUGACAGUCUAUUCAAAGCAGAUAAGGUGUUGGUGAUGUUGCUUGGUGUCGAGAAGAAUUCUAUCAUUGCCAGUAAUUGUGAAGAUUAUCCGACUAUCGACCACUGGCAAAUGAUGUCGGUACGAGAAAAAGACACGUCUUUCGUGGACACAUUCCUAACAGCCGCAGUCGGGAUCCUACGCACCAAAGACUGCAAAGACACUGCCACAGAUAAAACUAGUUUUUCCAUCGUCCCGAAGAAGGUUAAAAUUGGACAAAGUCGAGUGAUAGCGCUCCUCAACGACCCCAUUAGAGACGAAGAUAGCAUAAAGAUAAUGGUCGACAAGAAAGGCGAGGUCAUCAACAUACCCAGCUUCAAAAAGAGGAACCCCUACACGCUUCAGUUUGAUAUUCCAGAGUCCUGCUUAGAAGUGUCUAUGCUCGUAUGGGUGCGUGUGAGCAAAAACGGUCAGUCGCUAGGACGAAGACAAAUAAAAUGCGAAAGCAGACUUCGGGAACUAGAUCAACUGUUGAGAGCAUCUGACCACCCCCUGGAAUUCAUGUGCCAAACCCUGGGAUUCAAAACAACAAGUAAAGAACAAUUGGACAGUUGGAUGCUAAACGCUUUCCAAAAGAACAUACCCCCUCACUUCAACCUCCUAGCAUCCACUGAACAGUUUAACCCGAAAGCUGACAUGUCCAGUGGAGAAGAAUAUCCUACGUUACUGCAUUGGGCGGCCCGGUUUGGUCUGGAGCGUCUAUGCUGGCAGUUACUGGAAUGUCCCGGCGGUGGCGCUGCGGUCGCAUUGCGCAACGUACGCCAGCGCACACCUGCAGACCUCGCCCGGGACCACAAACACUAUGCACUUGCCGACGUACUCGCCGACCACCUUAAAAUAAAUGAAUUCUCCAACAUGUACUACUAUUUGAAAAACAUGUCGGACAACGACAAAGAAGAGAGCCAGGACGAAGCUAAACAAGACGAGCUACGAAUUGUCGAAACAUGUGACACCGUUGACUCCCCAGUACGGGAACAACAUAGAAACAGCGCAGAUGCCACCGAUCCAUUCAGCGAAGCAUGCACACAGAACUUAGAGAAAAAUAUCGAAAAGUCAGACGAAUUCGACAAAAAGCAACGGCCGAAUCUGAAGCUUCCGAAAAUUAAGGAACAGUUCUACCAAAACGAAUUCCCCAUCCAUGACAACACUGUGGACAGAAUCCAACAAGCCCUCGAACACGAUUACUUAGUUCAACCUUCCAACAUUAAAGUAGAAAGCCCUAAGUUUAGACCAAAUAACUUGUACGCGAAUAGUUCACGGCUGAUGCCGCAACAGUCCGACAUAUUUCUGUACUCGCCCACCGAAGAAUCAAAGACUUUUAACAUUGACACUCCUACUAGUGAUAUAAGCCAAAUAAAUCUAAAUACCAAAGAUGUUCGCAGCAGCGGUAGUGUUAAAUCAGGGAAGGAAAGUUGUCCCUUGACAGGUCAAGAGGAGUUAGCAGAAAUAAUAAAUGACUUCAAAAAUAAUGUUUUUACGAUAUCUGAAGUAGAGAAAUUGGUGAUGGAAUGGAAGAACAGGAACGAGACGCAACAGUCCCUUAAAGAGAAGCAGGAACAGUUGAACAAGAUGAGAGAAGAAUACGAUAGGAUUCAACUGAAAAUAAAAGACAACAUGAAAAGGCCAACGCCGUUCGAGAGGGUUAAGAAAAUGUUUUCUAAGAGCAAAAAUAAACACCACCAACAUGAAAACAACAAUGGUACUAUUGAAAAACGAAAUGGAAAUACUCGACCAAAUAGCAGUCUGAGUGAAAGUUCAUCAUCAUCCGGGCGCCUAAGUACUGUCAGCGGAGGUAGCGUGGCGGAGACCAACAGCGUCCAAUCCGAGAUUGAUGACAAAGCUCGGUCUAUUAUAUCAUCCAGCACAUUAACGAUGCACUCGGCGUGUGACGGUGAGAACAGAAUGGACGACUACUUAAUCCCACCGCCUCCACGUCCGCUGAAUGGAUGUCCGCAGUUCACUACGUUUGGACACCCUAAACAUGAUAACAGAAAUCAGCACAUGGCGACGAUAGUCGAGCGUGAAACGUCAGCGUCCCGUGAGACUCUCGACUGCGACGCAGACACGCGCAAUGGCACGCACUUGCGACUAAACUUCGGAUCGCGCGACCGGUCGCUACCGACAAGUCGCUGCGACGACCGUGACGGCGCCCACAUGUACAUGAACAUAUCUGCCACUCACACGUAAUAAUUAUAUUUAGCUUUAUUCCAACAAAUGAUGACAAUCGUGUAUUUUUUAGAAAAACAUUCAUGUAAAGUGUGGGUCACUCGGUGAGAUUAUAAAAUGUUGACAUUCUGAAAUAGAAUUCACUAUUUCUCGUGGGCGUUGCGUUAAUCUACAUUUUGGAUUCAGAGACCGUGCCAAAUAAUGUAAAGGUUUUCUAGAACCACCUCUAAUGUUAUAUUACAUAGCAACUAGAAAAUCUGAAACUAACUAAAGGAUUAUGUACCAUCAUUUGAAUAGUUUGAUUUUCCAUUAAAAUGUAUGAAGACUGAUAAGAUGCAUGUAAAUAUUGUAUAUAUUUUUUAAUCAUUUAAACGUAAUAUUUAUAUUUAUUGUCGUUGUCGAAUAAAAGUAGAUACGUAAUAUUUUAAAUAGUACAAAACAUAUUCAUUGUUUAGUUAAUUUAGGCAAAAUUAAGUUAUCAUUAUUACUAAGCAUUUACAUAAAGUACAUUUAGAAGAAAAUACUAGCAUAUGAAAAUAUUGACAUCUUAUUCAAGAGAUCUGCUUUUGAGUUCAUUUUUAGUAAAUACUUUUGUAUUAUCGUCCAAGAUGCAUU